UCGUAUAUUUAAAAGAGGAUAUAGACCUCUCUCUUAACUGUUCAGUUCAACCUCUUUUCACCUUCCACAACCUUUACCUCUUGAAAUAAAUUCAACUUCUUCUCCCACUCCUCCGUCCUUGUAAUCAUUAGCUAGGAAUAGAAACCAUGCAAGGAGACGCACCGACCCCACUUCCUCCCCACGAACCCACUUGUAGCUUAUUCUCUGCGUCAACCUCACAACUCCUCGACAGCCCCUUGCUCACUUCUGAUCUAGACUGGGCGGCUCUACUUGGAGGCGGCUUUGCGGAACAAAAUCCACUGCCGGUGAGGAGAGGGGAAGAGGACGAUGAAGAACAGGAGAGGAAUGAAAAGGGGAAGGUGGUGGUGAGCAGGACUAAGAAGAAGGCAACUAGGCCAAGGUUCGCAUUUCAAACAAGGAGUCCCAAUGACAUCCUCGACGAUGGCUACCGGUGGAGGAAGUAUGGCCAGAAAGCGGUCAAGAACAGCAUAUAUCCCAGAAGUUACUACCGGUGCACACAUCACACAUGCAACGUGAAGAAACAGGUGCAACGGCUAUCCAAGGACACAGGCAUCGUAGUCACAACGUACGAGGGAGUUCACAACCAUCCAUGUGAGAAACUCAUGGAGAGCUUAAGCCCUCUAUUGAAGCAGAUGCAAUAUCUUUCAAGAUUUUAAUUUUGUGCUUUCCUGUUGUGUUUGUGACCCACCUAAUGUGGAGUUGAUGUAUAAAUAAAAUAAAAUAAAAAAGAAUAUCUGUUACUCAUA